AAGCUAAUAUUGGUUAUUUUAGCAAACUAGCUAGCUAGCUCUGCACCUAUCGAAGAUUAGCUAGUUUUUCAACUGGUGCAGUUCAUUCCAUUGCAUUCGCUUGCUUGCUGCUAACGUUAGUGGACAACGCUCUGAACACAGAGCUCGACAGCGAAAUGACCUAGAGGCCUUACAGAGACUCUGUGCUAUCAUCGGCUCCAGACAGCGUUCGUGGAGAGGCCUGGCCCGGACACGCAUAUAAAAACACACUCGCACACACACAGAGACACACACUCGCCUAGAGGCACGUCGUUUCCGAAGUGAGUGAUAACUACCUCAUCUGGCUCUAGCCGACCAUUAGGAGGAGGCCACAGACUUCCCAGCAGCCCCUGCUUCAACCAACCAACCAACCAACCAACCGACCAGCCCUGGUCUGACUGACUGGAUCUGUCAGCUCCCGCCCUCCCCACCCCAGACCUCCCUGAGUCCCCCCUGAUCCCAGCCAACCUCUAUCUCAGCGGCAGGACCUGCCUGGCUCCCACAAUCCUCUCUGCUUUUGUACAGCACAAAAAAACGCUUGCGCUUCUGUCCGCUGCCCUAGAACAGUGACUCCGACUGCGGCUCUUCCCACACGAUGAUCGCUCCGCUUGCAGCUUUUUAGACACUUUUGUAUGAGUUUUUUUUUUAUCGCUAGAGGUUUAUAUCCGGGGGUGUGACAGGACGGGGGUUUCUCCAUUUCUGAUCUUAAGGCUAGAUGACGCUCACUGGAGCUUUUCCUGAACUGAAGCUCUGCUUUGAAUGAGAGCAGUUCCCCGCCACACCUCUUGAGAGCCUGGCCGGUGUUCUGUCUCUUCAAGUGCGAGCCUGAACAGUCAUAGAAGAACCUCAGGUUCUAAGGUUCUACGUUCCUCUCUUGUUUCCCCCCCUCCCAUCCUUGACAGAGUGAGUUGCAGCAGGACUGCACGGAACGCGUUACAGACACUCUGUACCCUCCGCCCCCUUCUCUCUCUCUCUAUCUUCCUGUCUGUUCGUUCUGUCUCUCCCUGAGAUGCGCCUUCUCCAGAUGAAGUUUCUAAACAGCCUGUCCACCUAACUCUCGUGGUGGGCACUGUGGAGUGCAGGGGCAGUUGUGGUUGAGAGCGGCAGGUGUGUGUGUGUGUGGGGUUGUGUGUGUGUGAGUGUAGUAGACAGGCAGUAGCUUGGGGGGCUAGAGCGUGCGUGUGUGUGUGUGAGCGACACAAAGCCUCCGCCAGGGUCCGUUCACCCCUUAUGUAUUGUUGCAGCGCACAGGAGAGUAAAAUGGACUACAAGCGGCGCUUUUUGCUGGGCGGGUCCAAGCAGAAAGUGCAGCAGCACCAGCAGUACCAGAUGCCCGAGCUGGGCCGGACCCUCAGCGCCCCGCUGGGCUCCACGUGCGCGGCGGCCACGGCGCCCCCUCCGCCGCAGCUGGCGCCAUGCCCGCCGCCGCCGGCGCCCAGCACGGCCGUCGCCGACAUCCAGCAGGGCAUCUCCAAGUACCUGGACGCGCUGAACGUCUUCUGCCGCGCCAGCGCCUUCCUGACCGAGCUGUUCAGCAGCGUCUUCCGCAACUCGCACUACUCCAAGGCGGCCACGCAGCUCAAGGACGUGCAGGAGCACGUGAUGGAGGCAGCCAGCCGGCUGACUGCGGCCAUCAAGCCCGAGAUCGCCAAGAUGCUCAUGGAGCUGAGCGCCGGCGCCGCCAACUUCAAAGACCAGAACGACUUCAGCCUGCAGGACGUGGAGGUGCUGGGCCGAUGCUUCUUGACGGUGAUGCAGGUCCACUUUCAGUUCCUGUCGCAGGCGCUGCAGAAGGUGCAGCCGGCUGCGCAGUCGUGCCUGGCCGAGGCCCUGUCCCAGGCCCAGGAGCGCCACGCCAACAGCGCCUGCCCACAGAACUCCACUCCCGGACACGCCCCCCUCAGCGAGCUGGAAGAAGCCUGCCGGUCAUGGAAAGCAGCCUCUGAGGCCACGAUGCGUCUGCGUGAGCGGGGCCGGGACGGCUGCAUGUCGGGGCUGCAGGUGCAGCAGCUCUUCUGCUCCCACGGCUCCAGCCUCCCAGAACACCAGCUCAAAGAGCUCAACCUCAAGAUCGACAACGCACUGCAGGCUUACAGGGCUGCGUUGGAGAGCCUGGGCCACAGUGAGUAUGCCCUGAAGGCGGGCUUCCAACUGAACCCCAAGACAGCCGAAGGAGCUCUGCAGGGAUGCUGCAGUGAGGCGGAGGCCCAGCAGGCGGGCCGGAUGCAGACCACCUCGCAGCCCAUCCAGUGUGAGCUGCCCACCAUCCCCGUGCAAAUCGGCUCGCACUUUCUCAAGGGCGUCUCCUUCAACGAGUCCGCCGCCGACAACCUCAAACUCAAAAUGCAUACCGUGCUGCAGCUGAUUAAGGAGGCGGUGGGCCAGAAUGGCGUGAGCGUACGGGACGAGUCGCCCGUGACGGACGUGCUAAACCAGGUGUGUCCCUCCAGCUGGAGAGGAGCCUGCAAGACCGCCGUGCAGCUGCUGUUCGGACAGGCCGGCCUGGUGGUGGUGGACACGGCCCAGAUAGAGAACCGAGAGGCCUACGCGCCCCAGAUCACGCUCGAAGGCUCCAAAGUGGUGGUGCAGGUGCCUUCAACAUGGUGCCUGAAGGAGGACCCAGCCACCAUGUCUCUGCUCCAGCGCAGCCUGGACCCGGAGAAGACGCUGGGGCUGGUGGACGUGCUCUACACCGCCAUCUACGACCUCAACCGCUGGAAGGAGCGCAAGGAGCAGGCUCUUCCCAUAAUCCAGAUUCAGCUGCAGCGCGAAAGCCCGGACUACGGUUCCCAUGUCGACCUGCCGUCCGGCAACGGCUCCAAGGCGUCCAGCGGCGGCGGCGGCGGCCUCCCAAAGACCAUCUCCAAGCUGACCUCCAAGUUCACGCGCAAGGCCUCGUCCAUCCCCAACACCCCGUCGCGCAGCCCCGACGACAAGCCCCCCAAAGCGCCGGGCCCGGCCGACGGCCGGCUGCACAGCCUCCUCCAGCUGGGCGGCCUCUCCGGGGGACUCUCAGUGGACCCCUCCCAGGGGCUGCUGGCCAACGGCGCGGGCCCCGACGAGCAGGGCAUGAACCUCCCCACCGACCAGGAGAUGCAGGACGUCAUCGACUUCCUCUCCGGCUUCAACAUGGGAAAGUCCCAGCAGGCCUCGCCGCUGGUCAAGCGCCGGAACUCCGUGCCCUCGUCCGGCGCCAGUGCCGCCAGCGCUGCCUCCACCGCCGCCGACAUCAAGCCCCCGGCGAGCUCCCAGCACGGGCUGCAGCCGCCCCCGCAACCCCUGCCGCCCCAGCAGUCGCAGCCGCCGCCUCAGCAGCACCAGCUGUCCCUCCCCAAACCACAGCAACCGCAACCACCACCGCAGCAGCAGCAGCAACAGCCGCAGCCUCAACCACCGCAACCUCCCCCCCAGCAGCCCCAGCCUCCGCAGCCUUCCCAGCAGGCCUUGCAGUAUUAUCAGCACCUCCUGCAGCCAAUCAGCCAGCAGCAGCAGCAGCAGGCCCAGCAGCAGCAGCAACAGCAACAACAGCAGCAGCAGCAGCCCUCUCCCCAGCUCCCCGGCCAGGCUCUGCCCCAGCAGAGAGUGCCCAGCAAGUGGCUGGGGGGCUCCAGCCCACAGCCCCCGCCACAGGGUCCUCCGGGGGGCCUGUCCCCGAUGGGACCCCUGGGGCAGUGGGGGGCCCCGGGGUUGCCGGACCUGAGCUCGGACCUCUACAGCCUGGGGCUGGUGAGCACCUACAUGGACAGCAUGAUGUCCGAGAUGCUGGGCAACAAGCCGCAGGGCCCGCGCAAUAACACCUGGCCCAACCGCGAGCAGAGCGACUCCGCCGUCUUCAACGUGCUAGGGGACACGCUGCCCUUUGACCCCGCAGUGGGCUCAGACCCAGAGUUCGCCCGCUACGUCGCCGGGGUCAACCAGGCCAUGCAGCAGAAACGGCAGGCGCAGCACAUCCGCCGCCCGGGCAACGCCCGUGGCAACUGGCCCCUAGCGGACGAGGCGCACCGCACCUGGCCCCACCCAGAGUACUACAGCAGUGAAGGGGAUGCGGUGAACAGCAGCUGGUCAGCCAAUCAGGGUGACUCGGCCAGCUCGAGUGACGAGGCUUCCUCAGCCAAUGGGGACAGCCUGUUCUCCAUGUUCUCCGGCCCAGACUUGGUGGCUGCUGUUAAGCAGAGGAGGAAACACAGCUGUGGGGAGCAGGAGGUGUGCACGUUGCCCUCUCCACCUCUACACCAUGCCACUGAUGACAGCUGCCAGGACAGCAAAACCAAAACAUGGCCCCCCAAGGCUCCGUGGCAGCACUCGUCCUCCCACACCAACACCAUGCCCAACCUGGGCUCGUCCCUCUACCAGAUGAACAUGCCCCCCUCCAGCCAGUGGAGCGACUCCAUGCAGAUGCUGCAGUCGGCCGUGUGGUCCACCGCCAGCGACUGCUCUCCCUCCGGCGGCGGCGGCCUCUCGUCCGGCUUCCCCUUCUCCCAGCAGCAGCCUCCGCCGCAGCAGCAGCAGCAGCAGCAGCAGGGCCCGCCACCGCAGCCCCAGCAGCAGCCUCCGCAGCACAGCAAGCAGCCCAUCAGCAAGGGCUUCAAGUCCUUCCCCCACAAGCCCGAGCACCGGCCCUCCUACCUGCACCAGUACUGAGCAGCCGUGGAGAGGGGGGGGAGGGGGGGUCAGACUCUUGCCUCUCCUCGGCCCUUUUUCUCCCGUGCUCCCAGGGCUUUGUGCUCUUGGCACCUGUAGCAGGGCUUCUGUGAGGAGGGGGAAGUGUCUGGAUAGGGGUUUUCCUUUCUGUCUCUUAUCUUUUUUUUUUUUUUUUUGGUUAUGUAUACGCAGGUUUCGUAUUUACCCUUCCUUGGCAGAGGUACCAUCUGCGUUUAGAGGGACAAAGGCGGCUUUCUGAGCGGUCCUGUCGAGAAAAGCGCAUGAUCGUCCGCAACCCCUUUACCCCUGUACUGCGGUUCCAGCUCAUACUGUGGUGUCUUUGGCCACCUAGUUUACACCCCUCCCCUCCCCUCCUCCACCCCAAACACCCACUCCUGGACUUGCUUCUGAGCCACCCGAACAGGUGACGUGCAUGGCUGUCUCAUUUCUCUCCUCUUCCCUCCCCUCCCCUCUCGCUUUGAGCCCUGAACUCCUAGCUGACCGUGUCCAGGGGAGGGGGAGAAGAUGACCCAGUGCAAAUGAUAAUUAUACUGUGUCUAAAAAGCUGUAACUGCCAAAUCUCCUAUCAGAUGACUCAGACUACAGCUUCCAUAUUGUUCCAUAGCGUGUAAAUGACUCCAAAUGAUAUAUAAAUACUUACCUUCUUUUUAUUAAGAGGCUUUGAGCAGGCUCGGCAGAAUAUAAUCAUCGCAGAGGUGUAAUUUGAAAGAGAUACACUACUUUUUUCAAACAACUUACAAGAGUUCUAUGGGGGAAAAAAAGAAAAAUAGAAAUAAUAUAGCAGUAACUAUGUGCCAUGGUGAUAUGAAUAGCACUUGCAGAAUAUUAUUUUCCAACCAAAGCGUUGUUCAGAAGAUGAAUGGUGCUUCGUGACUAGCGAGAGGAGUUUGGGGUUGUUAUGGAAAUCAUAGCAAAUGAUACAGUUCCAUGCCCUUUUGUCUGACAAACUCUGGAAAUGUCUCUGUGUGUGUGCGUGUGUGUGUGAUUAAAAAAAAACAAAAAAAAACAAGAAACGCUCCUUUCAUGUCACCUCACGCGCAUUUCUGAUUGGCAGUUUGCUUCAGAAUAACACUAACUCUUAAAUACAAAAAACUUAACAUUUGUUCCUUAAAAAAAUACAAUAUUUUCUUGUACAAAUAUUGACAGUAUUAAUCUUAUUUUUGUAUUUUCUUACAUGUUAUACCAUUACUGUAUAUGUUAAUACAAUAUAGGCAUACUACAUCAGAUUGGAUUUCCCCAUCCCUGCCCUCAGAUGUGAAAAAGCACAUGUUUCCCUUCCUCCAGAGUUGAACUAAAAUCAUCUAUCUCGAAAGGUUACCAAAUAUGCCAUUAUAACAUAUGCCAUUAUAAACACUAAACACGAGCUGAUCUGGGCUGGUUUUAGAGCCCGUGUUUCUUCAGUUUCUAUGGCGGUGGGCUGCAGAUGAAGGCCCAGAAUGUUAACUCUUGUGAUGUUUGCGGAUGCCAAUGUUGCCUGUAUUUAUGAUAUGACACCAUGUUUUUUCUGAAAACUAACAUACUUACCAUGUUUACAGAGAAUCGUUUGCUGUAUAUAAAUAUAAAUAUAUAUCUUUUUAUAGUUCUGUGCUUUGCACAAUCAAAAUAUAGGGUUUGUUGCUUUUUGUCUGUGUUAUCUCCCAAACUGUUGCAGCCUUUUUUUUAAGACAUCUUAAAGACCUUGGACUGUAACUGUUAGCAUUUCUCAGUUGUGUCAAAUGGUUUACUAGUGACUUCACCAGAAAUCUGACCUGUAACCCUGAGAGUUGAAGUGAAGAGGCUGCUUGGCUUAUGUUGCUUAUUGUUCUCUUGAGCUGGCAACUGAAUCUUUCCAAGUGUACCAGCAAUGCAAAAAAAGUAAAAAAAAAAAAAAAAAAAUUAAAGAAAUGUAAUUGACAACCUAA